AUGACCGAGAACACUUGUGCGCUUUGUUUAUCAACAAAUUCCAGCUGGUUUGUCGAUGUACUUAAUGAAGACAGAAAAACUCUCGAUAUCGCAGAGAUAAUAAAAAAGCACAUUUGGUUUGAGUUUAAGCCAAAGGAGCAGGCAUGCAUUUGUGGUGAAUGCUGGACAAGUUUACACGAUUUUCACAUAUUUUAUACCAAAAUUGAGACCAUCCAUAACCACGAGUUCAACGACACCAGUUGCAGUAAAAGGAAUCUAACAGCAAUUAAAAUUGAAAUUCUAAACGAAGAUGUUGAUCCAGAACGCUCAACUAAUUUUGAAUCACAGCGCCGGGCAAACAUUAAAAGGCCUACACGUGCUUCUAAUAUUCCUCUAAAAUACCAAACAUUUUAUACUAAUUUAAACGAAAAGAAGUAUUUCGUAGAUGUAGAUGAAUUUAUCAACGAGAAUAACAGUUCAAAAAGAGCAAUGCUGACACGAAAAAUAGAAUAUCUCAGUGGUAGCGAACCGGAAGAUGUCGAUUACGAUGCAAGGCUUGAACUACAGAAGCGGCUUAAUUUGGAUGAUUUUGCUUUUUACGAAUACGAGCGCAAUCUGGAAUUGCGCGAUGAGCGGUUGUUUAAGUACGUUGAUGAAUUCUCUUGUUCAUACUGUAUUGAAAAAGUGACCUUUCAACGAUUCGUCGAGGCUAAUCACCAUUACAAAAUAAUUCAUAACGAACCCGGUUUUUUAAAAUGCCCGAAGUGUGAUAAGAAAUGUUUUACUCCUGGCAUGUUCAUAAGCCACAUGGAAACACACGAAGAUCCGGAAAAGAAUAAAUGUGACAUAUGCGGUAAGAUGACGGAUUGCAACAUUUCGCUUAAGAAGCAUAUGCGUGUGCAUCAGGCGAAACUUGAAGAAAAUUUACCAUUUCCCUGUAGCCGCUGUAAACGGCGUUUUGAGUCUGAAGAACAACUACAAAGGCACGAAAAAUUACACAUACCCAAACCAUACGUCAAAAAGGAAAUGGGUCCUGAUCUGGAGUUGCUCGAGUUCUACAAGCGCAUCUACUGCGACAUAUGCGAGGAGGUGAAACCAGAGUCAACAUCAUUCGAAAAUUUUUGGGAUCUUAGAGUUCACAUGGGUAAUGAACACAACAAGGCGGUAUACUUGAAAUGCCCCAUAUGCUCCGCAAGAAAUGCCUAUCGACAACACCUCAUUACACAUAUCGAUAUGCAUAAAAAUCCCGAGAAAUAUCGGUGUGAAGUAUGCAAAGAAAUAUUCCAGAAUCUUGACCAGCAUAUGAUAAAAGCACAUACUGCAAAUACUGUGCCAGCAGAAAAGAAACACAAAUGUGACCAGUGCGGAAGAAUGUUCAAUUUUUUAGCAAAUUUAAAAAUGCAUAUUGAUUGCAUACAUGGCUUGAAAGAUAUUCGUUGCAAUAUUUGUAAUAAAUACUUCAAUCUAAAAGCCUAUCGCGCUCACAAGAGAUCAGCACACACCGAUCAGAUGUACAUGUGCGAGCAAUGUCCGAAAAUGUUUUCAAACCGUAGAGGAUUAGAGGCACACAAGGGCUAUCACGACGAAUCUUUACUCAAAUUGAUUAAAUGUACACUGUGUGAUAAAAAGAUUCGCAUCUGCAGCAUGUCAAAGCAUAUGAAAACAAUCCACUCAGAAGAAGAACCCGUGAAUUGCAAUAUGUGCGGCAAAACCUUUCGUACGAUGUUCCACAUGAAACGACAUCGAAAGAACACUUGCGCAGCCACGAUAGAUUCACGUAAAUUCAAAUGCAGCGAAUGUGGAAAGGGAUUUUCCACAAAACUAACGAUGAUGGAGCACAUGACGAUCCAUACGCGCUCGAACCAGUACCAGUGUGCGUUCUGCUUCAAAUCGUUUGGCUACAUCUCCAACCUUUACAAGCAUCGCAAAAAGGCUCAUCCGCUCGAAUGGCAGGAGGUUCAAGCUCGUCCUGAGGAAGGCAUCGCCACAGUGAUUGUCGUAAGAAACUGA